AUGACCAGCCCUUCAAGCACGAUUGUUAUUGAAGAUGACGAACUACCCCCAAGCUGGCGGUCAGCCAAUUUACAGGUCCAAAGGACGUCUCUACGUACAUCUCCUGAGAUCCUGAUUGAACCAAACGAUGCUGCGAGUGGUAGCAUAGAACCAUCCCGCAAACGCAAAAGGGCCAAGAGGAAACAACCUGACACUCUGGAUACCUGUUUCAAGAAGCUGCGUAAGACAUUUGACCAAAGAGAUCAAGAAGUUGAAAAGCUCGAUCAAAAAGUUGAAAAUCUCGAGCAAGAAGUUGAAAAGCAGCAAAAGCAAGUCCAGGAACUUCAGAGCAAGCUUCUCCUACAGGAAGACCGGCAUCAAGAGGAGCUUUCCCGACGACGCAUUCUGGACUGCAAAAUUUGCUACGAGCAGCCGGAUUGUUGGCAUAAUCUACUAUGCGGGCAUAUGAUUUGUGAGCCAUGCGCAAAACUAGUUGAUCUAAGCACGUGCCCUUUUUGUAGACGGACAUUUUCGGGGUAUGUCAAAUGCUAUCCAUUUGCAGGAUAG